UUUCGCUAAUAACUUGUAAACGAAGCCGCGGAUCGCAUUUUCGCAAAGGAAAAAGUUGCUUGAAAUGAUCCGACGAUUCAUUUGCGGCUUGCGACACCGUUUUCGGGGCACCUUGUGGUACGCGAGUCCGUCUACGAAGGUUCCAAGAACGCAUCGACCCAUCGUAACCGAUACUUAGCGCGAAACCAGGCACGUUUACCCCGUACAUGUAAAUCCUGUCGGAGAAGAAAGAAGACAAUGCGUGUAAAUGCAACCACGUGACACUGUACGCGAACUGUGGGCUCGACAGUGUUUAACGGGAUCAACCGGUUUCUGAUUUCAGAGGAGCUGGCCCUGUUCCACUUGAAAGACGAGAGGUUUCACAUGGAGAGCUACGAGCUGUCCUCGACCCUGUCCUCCUCGCUCUCGGCCAGCCUGAAGAAACACGUGUGCGGCUGCGGGAAAAUCUACAGCCAGAAGAGCUCCCUCGAUCGGCACCUGCGAUACGAGUGCGGGAAAAUGCCGAACGUGCCGUGCCCGCAAUGCGGCAAAAUGUUCAAGCACAAGCACCACGUGACACAGCACCUGAAGAGCUGUCGGCUGAAAGAUCCGAGGAACCCGGACUACGCGAGCUGCUGAACCUCGUGAACGAACGAACAUCGGCGACAGGCGUUGUUCGCCCUUCCGGAGCCUCGUCACGAGUCCUCGGUCUCUCGUCCAGUGUUUUAGUUCCGACAGUGUUUCGCGCUUGCACGUGACCUCGUUCGAGGCCUGCCGGCCGCUCGAGAAUCCGCCGCUCCUUCGUCGACGCGAUUUCACUUCAGCCUCGCGGAUACUCGAUCGCGGUCUUCUUCUCGGACAUCUUAAAGCCGCGUCCACACCGCGGCACGAGCAAAUAUGCUCUCUUGAACUGCCUUUUCGUUCCAGUAGCGUCGGUUCCCGGGGAUUGACCUUGACACGACCUAUCGAGACCUCUUCGAUUCUCCCGAUUCUUGUUUGCUUUUCCAUUUUUCAUGUCCACAGCUUGCUGCCGAAAAAUCCGAAAAAAUUCUGUGGUAUGCGCCUUGAUGUCCGAAAUAAGCCAGAUUUUUUCCAAAAUUUUCAAAAGUCGCGCAAAGUUCCCCCGGUGGGGGUGGGGAAGUGCGCGGAGAAGCGGCCAAGUCUAAUUUAACCCUGUAACUACCCUUACGAAGAGGUUACAGGGCUGAAAUUUUGCAGGAACGAAUCAGAUCAGCUGUCGAACGUUAACGUACUACUUAAAGUAACCCUGAAGAACAGUUUAGACCAUCGGACGUGGACGAAACGUUUCCGUGAAUCGACAGCAACGAGAGACGAAACUGUGGAGAAAAUGUUGGCCGAUUUGUAGCCUCGGUGUAGACGCGGCUUAACGGAACACCACUUACCCGAAUCGGCGUCGAUCGCUGCUCGAGCAGCCGGCGGCCUUCGAACGAUCGCGUCGAGACGGAUGAGACGGGCGUCGAGUGAUUGAUUUGUCCCGGUGCGGGAACCCGAGCCCGUGCCGUAAAGCGCUUCCCAGACCAACAGAGAGAACAGUUCUUCCUCCAUCGACUAAUUUUCCACAAUGAGAAAGCCACGUGUAUUAUUUUUGUAAUUUAUUGACCCGACGACGUGUGUCCGUGUUUGUCUCUCCUCCUGGAAAAAAUAUGCCGUGUGAAUAAAAAUUCGUGGAUCUGUGUGAGAAAAAAGAAAA